CAUUCUCAAUUAUGACAUUAGUCGACACUCGUUGAUUAACAGGCGAACGCAUUGUGCUUAUUGAUUGAACGAUAUUAGUAUUUAUUUCGUUAUUAUAGGCAACAUACUACCUCUCGUAUAGUAAAAACAUUAUGGAUAUUUAAAAAACGAUAAAAUCAACUGGCGUCAUGGUUGUUUCACCUCAAACCCCCGACAACGAAACCCAAACUGUGCAAGCAAAAAGAAACAAUAUGGCGUCUAAACAGUCGUCAGUAGCUGACACAAGAGCGGAGUUAGCUGAAUUAGUAAAAAGGAAAGCUGAAGUUGCGGAAACACUUGCUAACUUGGAACGUCAAAUAUAUGCAUUUGAAGGAUCCUAUUUAGAAGAUACACAACUUUAUGGAAACAUUAUAAGGGGAUGGGACAGAUAUCUCACCACAAAUAAAAGUACUAAUUCAAAAGCAGACAAGCGUAACAGAAAGUUCAAAGAAGCUGAAAGACUGUUUUCUAAAUCCAGUAUUACAUCUAUGGCUGCCGUCAGUGGCCUUGUCGAUCCUGCUGAAGCUAAAAAUGAAAGAAACAGCGAGACUGAAUCACAGACUAAUGAGGACUCAUCAGACACUCAAAUGAGCAGUAGUGUUGUUGGCAGUUUAAACCACACAACAAUACAUGGUUCCACUGAAAGUAUAGCAUCAAAGCCAUCAGGGAAACAACACACUAAUGGCAACAUUGAAAAAGUUAUCAGCCAUUCCCAAACUAAACAAAGCUUGACACAAAAGAUAGCUACAUCUUCAGGAAUGCUACAGAAAGCCUUUGGCGGUGACAAUAAAAUGCUCUCUGCUGUAGGACUAGACAGCAGACCAAGUACUCCUAAAGACAAGGACUCUAGUAUUAAUUCAUUAAACAAAGGAGACAUGACACCCAACUCUCUCAAACACAAAAUGUCCACAAGCAGUACAAGUAGUAAUAAUAGUAUUAAGAAAAAUAACAAUAAGAAGGCCAGACAUCGGUAAUAAAAUACUAUUUCGUUACUUAAA